AUGGUGUUAGCCGAAGAAAUUCCAAAUAUGACACCUACCAUUGUAAUCCCAAAGGCUACAACUUCAGCUAAUUCCAGUGAAAUAUUAAAUACACCAUCUGUAGAUAGUGGAGGGCAGUUUGAACUCAUUGGACAGGUUCGGGCAGAAAUAUAUAAUAUCACAUAUCAAGAAGUCACGACAGGGGAAAUCGUCACUGUCAGCUUCAUCUUUGGUGUGAUCUGGCUUGUUGCAUUGUUUGGGAACUCGCUGGUUUGCCUUGUGAUCCACAGGAGUAGGAGGACACAAUCAACUACCAACUACUUUGUGGUGUCCAUGGCAUGUGCAGAUCUGCUCAUCAGUGUGGCCAGCACUCCCUUUGUCCUUCUGCAUUUUACCACAGGAAGGUGGUUGUUGGGAGAUGUCAUGUGUAAACUGGUUAGGUAUAUUCAAUACCUCACUCCUGGAGUCCAGAUCUAUGUCCUUCUCUCCAUCUGCGUGGACAGGUUUUACACUAUUGUGUAUCCUUUGAGUUUCAAAGUGUCCAGGGAGAAGGCCAAAAAGAUGAUUGCAGCUUCCUGGAUUUUUGAUGCUGCGUUUGUAUCCCCCACUUUGUUUUUCUAUGGCACGCAAGGUGGCACCUGUAAUUUGUUUCUGCCCCAGUCCUGGAGUGGUGUUAUCUAUGGCACUGUUCAUCUGUUAGUGGGAUUUCUGGUUCCAUCUGUCCUCAUCAUACUGUUUUACCAAAAAGUCAUCAAAUACAUUUGGAGAAUUGGCACGGAUGGCAGGACUGUGAGGAGGACAAUGAACAUUGUACCCAGAACGAAGGUUAAAACGAUUAAGAUGUUUUUGAUGUUAAAUUGCAUGUUUUUGUUGUCUUGGUUUCCUUUUUAUGUGGUUCAGAUCUGGCAGCCAGAUCAGAUGGAUUACACAACAUGUUCAGCACUUUUUCUAUCUAUUGCACUGGUGUCUUUCAGCUCUUCAGCAUCUAAACCCAGCCUCUAUUCAAUCUUCAAUGCAAACUUCAGGCGUGGAAUGAAGGAGACUUUCUGCAUGUCAUCAAUGAAAUGUUACCGUAGUAAUGCGUACACCAUCACAACUAGUUCAAGGAUGGCAAAAAAGAAUUAUGUUGGGAUCACGGAGAUCUCUGCACACACUAAAACCAUUACCAAAGAUACAAUAUAUGAAACGUUUGACAGAGAAGCAAGAGAGAAAAAGCUUGCAUGGCCUAUAAAUUCGAACCCUCCAAAUACAUUUGUGUAA